UCUCCAGCGGCUCGUUACAGCGGCCGACCUGAGGGGUACACGGAUGGACGCAGGGCCAGGAGCCGGGAUAACCUGCUCAUGUGUGAUGACUUUGGAGAGGAGAACUGCUGUCCUGGACGAUGUCUCGGUUACAGCAGCUCUGAGAGGCAGCUCAUGGCUCGUCUCACAGCUGUUAAGAGACGCCAGGCACUCCGUGGUCCGGCCUACAUGUUCUCUGCUCCUUCCAUCAGCCUGUCGGAGGUGGAGCAGAGGUUCCUGGAGGCUGCAGAGUAUGGAAACAUACCCGAGGUGAGGCGCAUGUUGCUCCAUGUGCCCAACCUGAAUGUCAACGCAGUGGACUACAUGGGCCAGAAUGCACUACAGCUGGCUGUGGCCAAUGAGCAUCUGGAGGUGACAGAGCUGCUGCUGGGGAGGGAGGACUUGGCCAGGGUUGGAGAUGCUCUGCUUUUAGCCAUCAGUAAAGGCUAUGUUCGGAUCACGGAGGCCCUGCUGGGACACCCUUCUUUCAGGGAUGCCCAUCGUCUGACAGGGAGUCCUGCUCAGGCAGACAUGUUGGAUGACUUUUAUGCUUAUGACGAGGACGGGACGAGAUUCUCCCAUGAUGUGACCCCAGUGAUCCUCGCUGCUCACUGUCAGGAAUAUGAGAUUGUUCACACUCUGCUGAGUAAAGGGGCUCGCAUCGAUCCCCCCCAUGACUAUUUCUGCGGCUGUGACUCCUGUAACUACCAGCAGCAGUUUGACUCCUUCAGUCACUCUCGAUCCAGGAUCAAUGCCUACAAAGGACUUGCCAGUCCUGCUUACCUCUCCCUAUAUAAUGAGGACCCGGUGCUGGCUGCCCUGGAGCUCAGCAAUGAACUGGCCAUGCUGGCCAACAUCGAGAAGGAAUUCAAGAAUGACUACUGCCGUCUGUCGAGCCAGUGUAAGGACUAUGUGGUGGGUUUACUGGACCUGUGUCGUAGCACUGAGGAGGUGGACGCCAUCCUGAGUGGAGAAACAGACUCUGAGGACACCUACGAUCUACCGGGUCGCCCCUCACUCACACGGCUCAAACUGGCCAUCAAGUAUGAACUCAAAAGGUUUGUGGCUCAUCCAAACUGCCAGCAGCAGCUGCUCAGUAUCUGGUAUGAGAAUCUUCCGGGUCUGAGACAACAGACCACUGCUGUCAAACUGCUGGUGGUGCUUGGUGUGGCUAUUGGACUUCCUGGACUAGCGCUGGCUUACUGGGUCGCUCCCUGCAGCAGAGUGGGGAAAGUGAUGCGAAGCCCCUUUAUGAAGUUUGUGGCCCAUGCUUCAUCCUUCACUAUUUUUCUGGGUCUUCUUAUCCUGAACGCUGCUGACCGUUUUGCAGGCACCACCCUGUUACCGAAUAUGACGCACCAUGAGCACCCAGACAGGUCAUUGAGGUCAGACCCCCUGCUGCUCUACCGAAUGACCACAACACCCUUUACAUGGAUGGAGAUCCUCAUCUUAUCAUGGGUCAUGGGUAUGAUCUGGGCUGAGGUGAAGGAGAUUUGGAGUCAGGGUCCAGGAGAAUACCUGAUGGAGCCGUGGAACUUCCUGGACUUCGGGAUGCUGGCGAUCUUCUUGGCCUCAUUCAGCUGCCGGUUCUCUGCUCUGAGACACGCUGACUUAGCCCAGACCUACGUACACAUGAAUUACACAACACUGAUUAAUGUCACUCUUCCCCCAGAGAUACACUACUUUACACUGGCUCGGAUCCACUGGGUUCCCUCAGACCCUCAGCUGGUGUCAGAGGGUCUGUACGCCGUUGCCGUGGUGCUGAGCUUCUCUCGCAUCGCCUACAUCCUCCCAGCCAAUGAGAGCUUUGGCCCACUGCAGAUCUCUUUGGGGAGGACCGUUAAAGACAUCUUCAAGUUCAUGGUCAUCUUCAUCCUGGUGUUUCUGGCGUUCAUGAUCGGCAUGUUCAACCUGUACUCCUACUACCUGGGCGCAAAGCAGAACGACGCUUUCACCACCCUGGAGGAGAGCUUCAAGACCUUGUUUUGGGCUAUUUUUGGCCUUUCGGAGGUCAGGUCUGUUGUAAUCAACAAUGGACACAAAUUCAUUGAGAACAUUGGUUACGUGCUCUAUGGGGUUUAUAACGUUACCAUGGUGAUCGUGCUCCUCAACAUGCUCAUCGCCAUGAUAAACAGCUCCUUCCAGGAGAUUGAGGAUGACGCUGACGUGGAGUGGAAAUUUGCCCGAGCCAAACUCUGGUUCUCCUACUUUGAGGAGGGCCGGACGCUGCCAGUGCCCUUUAAUCUGGUUCCCAGUCCAAAGUCUAUGCUGGGACUGGCAACGGGCAUCAAGACUCUGCUCCUGCAGUAUGUAUUAGGACAGAAUGAGGUGAAAACCGGGACGCAGCUUAAUCAGCUUGGAGACAGUAAAACUUCAACAUAUGGUGCAUCAACCAGCCCAACACGAUAUCAGAAGAUCAUGAAGCGAUUGAUAAAACGUUACAUCAUCAAAGCUCAAGCGGACAAAGAAAGUGAUGAGAUCACUGAAGGUGAGCUGAAGGAGAUCAAGCAGGACAUCUCGAGUCUGCGUUAUGAGCUGCUGGAGGACAAAGCACAGAACAUGGAGACACUGGACGGACUGCUCAGGAGGCUGGGAGAGAUCAGCACAACUUCAUAGUUGCACACAGACACACUAUUUGUUUUCUAAUUAAAAAGGAUACGACGUUGAGAUUCUUGUUCAUGAAACGGUACAGCUCAGUUCUGAGUGAAUGUAGAUACAGUAGAUGAAAGUCAAAACAUUCUAAAUGAAAUAAUGAAGAAUAAUAUAUUGAUGCGGAACUAAAAUGCUGCUUAUUAUUUGUAAGAUUGUCAUUUAUGUUUUUAAUAAAUCAUUUUCAAGCAUG